AUGUCGACAAAACCAAGAUACUUGACAGACCCAGAGAGAGCCAAAGUGCUUGAAUUUCAAGAUAUGAUACACUACAGUCCAAGAUACAGCGACGAUACACACGAGUAUAGGCAUGUCAUGUUGCCCAAAAACAUGCUCAAAGUAAUACCUCAAGAUUACUUCAAUCCGGAAACUGGAACAUUGAGAAUACUACUUGAAGAAGAGUGGAGAGGAUUGGGAAUUACCCAAAGUUUGGGAUGGGUGCAUUACGAAACACAUGCUCCAGAACCCCACAUUUUGUUAUUCAAAAGGCCAAUCAACUACGGCCAAUGA